CGUCCAAACCGCCCCGCUUCAGACGCGUUCUGCCGCGCACUGUGCUCAGUCCACGCAGGUUCGACUCCAAGUCGGCUUUCACGCACUUUUUUGUUUGUUUGUGUGGGUUUCCACACCAUGUUGGAUGAAGUCCUUGGAUUUUAAAAAGGGAUUGCGGGAACAUGAUCGACCUGCCCGUCAACUGACUGCACGUUUCUGCUUCAGGGUUGAGUUCGGCUCUCGGCGGGGCGGUGGUGUUUGCGCUACGGCCUUCUGGCUGUGACGCAGAUAGGGAAGAGGACACCCGAGGACCAUGGAUCUCGGGAACGACAUAGACCUGUCCAACAACAACAUCACGCCCUUGUGGAAGCGCCGUACGGACAACCGCAGAAGCCCGCCAAACACAAGGAAGCCGCGGCCACGGAGCUACCACACCAACGGGGUCAUGACGACGGACUUCCCUGCGGAAGACAAGACCUUGAGCCAGCCGGCUGAGAAAUUGUUGUUGGUUACAUCUCAGGGUGUGGGCAAGAACACGGCGGUGCUGAAGCACGUUUUACACAAACCUUCCAAAAAGUCCAGAGUUGUUCGGAGUAUUAGCAUUGGGAACAUCUCCAGUGGGCGCUUCUCGUUCUCUAAAUUCAAGUCCGAUGGCAGCAGAUCAUCUUCGCUGGACAACAGAGUGAGUAAUGGAGAGUACAACACAGCAAAUCACAGCAAUGGACGGACAGUUUGGCCUGACAAGUGUGUCCGCUCUCCUCAAGCCCUCAUUUCCAGUGUGUUCAGUCUGAACUUGCCUAAGGAGAAGACCCCAUCAUAUCAUAACCUACCCUUACCUGAAAUGGUUCCACACCCCCCUAAUAAUAAUAAUAACAACCUUGAACUAUCCUUCUCGUCUCCAUCAAGCCCGUAUCCUCCCGCUAGACGGACUCCUACCCACAGCUCCACCUCGAGCAUUCCCUCCCUCUCCUCCCUCACCUCCUCGGACCCCCCAACACCGCGCUCCCCUUCGCCGGCCGACAGCCGGCCGCCGCUGCUCAGACAGUCGUCGCCCUCGCCCGUCCCCUCCCAAGACGCCAGGCAUGCGUCUUCUUCUUCCCCCUCCCCAUCCCUUUCCCCAUGUAUCUCACCCGCUCCCUCGAUUGUCCUCAGCACCCACAGCCCUGCUGCCCUGAAGAUGGGCACCCAGCAGCUCAUCCCCAAGGGCUUAGCUUCAGGUAGUCGACAGAACAAGACCACCGCUUCCGGGCCACAAGGCCAAGGAUUAGCAGGGCUGCUGGGCUUAGAUGCUUCUAAGCGGACUUUAAAAACACACAGCAUGGUAGAGACAGGGGCUUACUUUUCCACGGGAGGGGGGCACAGCGAGGGGACAGACGGGGAAAACGAAAGCCCGGGCACACUAAGGAGGGGGCUGAGGAGUACAUCCUACCGGAGGGCUGUUGUCACCGGAGUCGAUCUGGAGGCCCAGGCACUUUCCCAGGCCGCCAUGAAGGGAUUAGAUAGCGAUAAUAAAACUCCCCCAGCAAACCCAGGCAUUGUAAAGCCCAUCAGCCGGGGGGCACCGAAGGCUGACAGUCCUACAACUCCAACCGGAACAGGAAAAAGCAAGAUUCCUGACAAGAAAAACAUUCUGACCCCUCAACGCACCUUUGACAGUGAAGAGGAGGAACUGUACCAGAACUAUCAGGAAAAGGCGUUACAUAACGAUUCAGAUGAGGAUGCCGAUUCCAGAGAACCUCAAGGCGAUAACAGCAUCGUGUUGCAGUACAGACCUAUCCGGACGUCCUGGAGCCAGCUUUCUGUGGUCAAGAAAAGCGGUCUGUUUGAUCGAAUGAGUCAGGAAGAACGCAAAAGACAAGAGGCCAUCUUCGAGGUGAUCUCCUCUGAGCACUCCUACCUCCACAGUCUGGAGAUCCUGAUCCGUAUGUUCAAGAACUCACCGGAGCUAAGCGAGGCCAUGACCAAGACGGAACACCACCACCUCUUCUCCAACAUCACCGACGUCUGCGAGGCCAGCAAAAAGUUCUUUAAGCAACUGGAAGAGAAACACCAGCAGAACGCCGUGAUCGACAGCAUCAGCGACAUCGUUUGUAAGCACGCCGAAUCCAACUUUGAUCCUUACGUGACGUACUGCUCCAACGAGGUCUACCAGCAGAGAACCCUGCAGAGGCUGUUAUCCAAGAAUCCUGUUUUUAAGGAGGUGUUGACCAGGAUAGAGGGCCACCCCGACUGCAGGAACCUCCCCAUGAUCUCCUUCCUCAUCCUGCCCAUGCAGAGGGUCACACGCUUGCCCUUGCUCAUGGACACUAUUUGCCAGAAGACUCCUAAGGACUCGGCGCAGUAUGAGGAGUGUAAGAAGGCUUUACAUGCCGUCAGCAAGGUGGUAAGGAAAUGUAACGAGGGCGCACGCACCAUGGAGAGAACUGAGAUGAUGUACACCAUCAACUCCCAGCUGGACUUUAAGAUCAAGCCUUUCCCGUUGGUCUCGUCGUCCCGGUGGAUGGUGAAGCGAGGCGAGCUGACCGCCUUCGUGGAGGACAACGGCAUCUUCCUCAAGCGGACGUCGCGGCAACAGGUCUACUUCUUCCUCUUCAACGACGUCCUCAUCGUCACCCGGAAGAAGAGUGAGGAGAGCUACUCUGUGAUCGACUACGCCCUGAGGGAUGAGAUCUGGGUGGGCUCCUGCCAGCCCGAGGAGGUCAACCUGUCGCCCGUCCGCGCCACCGCCGGCAUGCUGAGCUCACGGCAAGCCGGUGCCAACCACCUCUUCCGACUGCGUUUCCUUAGCAACCACUCCGGCGAAAAGGUGCCCAUGAUCUUGGGGACGGAGUUACUGAACGAACGUGCUCGGUGGAUCAGCGCCUUGGGCCACAACGUCAACAAAGACAAGAGUCAGGACAGGACCAACGCCAUGCAGGUGGAGGUUAUCAGAACGUACACAGCCAAGCAGCCGGAUGAGUUGUCACUGCAGGUUGCUGACGUUGUGCUCGUCUCACAGACUGUAGAGGAUGGUUGGCACGAGGGCGAGCGUCUGCGUGACGGUGAGCGCGGCUGGUUCCUGGCAGAGUGCGCCGAGCCGAUCACGUGUCAGGCCACCAUCGAGCGCAACAUGCAGAGGAUGGACCGCCUGCAGGGUUUGGAGACCAACGUGUGACGUGAACUCAUGACAUUAGUCCUUGGUGCCCGUAAAUAACCAAGAGGACAUAGGAUGGCUGAUAUCUCAUGAAUAACUCUUAGAUCUUUGCAAAGGUGUCAUCAACUCGAUGCCUUCAAGGUCUCCUGAAAAAACAGAACUUAAAAUACACAUACACUAUCAGCGCAAAAAGUAUUGGGACACCAGGGCAUUACAGCCUCCCUCAAAUAUGAACCUCCAGGUAAUUACUGAAAUUACCUCAGUUCAUAGAAACAGACAACGAGUUAGCUGUUAAUGCUUGAACUCUGUUGCUAGGCAAAACAGCAGCACUGACUGAGUCAUGUAAACAGAUGUGUGGAGUCUGACCAUGUGUUGGAAAUGAGUUCCCCGCACUGUAGUAAAGAUGAUCAGUGGGUUAUAUGGUAGCUCCACAAUGUUGUGUGCGUCCAUGUUGAGCUAUGUAAUCUACAAGUUCCUCCCCCUGCCAUUUUGCUGCAUUUCUCCAUAAAUACUCAUACAUUAUAUUGUUAUGCAGCGAUAGUGACCGAGUCCUCGUGCAAAUGGGAAAAGUCUGCAAUGCCUCCUCUCCUUUAAAAAUGUUUAGAAUUGCCGGUAGAUGCCACAAGAUUGUGGCAAAGCUCUACUUUUGUCUAAAUAAAGCUUUUGAACUGACUAGUAGUAGUUCCUCGGCACCAAGAUGGCGGCAAAGCACUACUUUUAUCUAAAUGAAGCUCCACAAUUCACUUCAAUAUAGUUCCUUGGCAGCAAGAUGAACAAAAUCAGCGAGUAGUUGAGUUUUUGGUAUAAUGGAGGAUAGGUCCCCCAAAGCCCAAAAAAUAAAUAAAAUCCGCAAAUAGCUGAAUUUGCGAAUGCCCAAGCACAAAUAUAGCUCACUGUGUACCACUAAUAUUGCGUCAUAGGAUCAAUUAAGUCAAUAAUUGAUUAUGAGGUGUGUUUCAAUACUUUUGUCUGUAGGUCAUGUUGUAAGGAGGUAAUUAUGAAGGGGAAAAUGCUAUUUGUUAAAAGCUGAAGGCACUUUUUAAAAUAAGACACAUCCUGUCACCAAAUGCAUACACACACCCCCACACAUUGACAGACUCACACCCUCCGGGUGACGCAUGAACUUGUGUGAUGCUGCUCUCACAACAAACGAGGACAUCUGUCGUGACCGUGAGGGUCUGGCUAAGGUGAAAUCCUUGGCACUCAAACCCCCAAGAUUUCUACUUCUGAGCAUGAACUUCAUUAACUCAGUUAAUUCAGUUGUGUACUAUAUGUAAAUAUGUCGUCUCAAAUUUGUAUGUUUUCUAAAUACGAUACAAUGUAGAAACUUGCUUAUUCGGCGUCCAAAUUUUGGAAACAUUUUCUCAUUCAAUAGCAUGAGCUCUUUGGACUUCUAGUGUAAAUUCCCCAAAAGAAAUAUUGGCAGAAUUUUUUAUACCGUUCUUUGGAUUUGGUGUUUUAGACUGUACAGGUGUACCUAAUGAAGUGUCCAGUGAUUCUAUGUCACAUCAAGCAUAAAUAAUAAAAGCUCAAUUGUUGACCUAU